AUAACAAGCCAUUGCAAGCCAUAUUGAAUUCAUAUCAACUAAUAUUAGCUUUAUAUUAUCAAGGACGAUCAAGGGUAACAAUAGUAAAAUUAAUGGUUGAACGUACAAUAUUCUUUGAUCAAAACUCAUCAUAAUUAGAUACAUUAAUUUUUUUUUAAAAUACGUUACCAAGUCAUUGGCAUUGUGUAUUGAAAAAGAAAAAAUUUAUUGCAUCAGCAAGUUAAUUAAUCAUUAACAAAAGAACAAUUAAGAAUUUACUUAAAAUGAGUUCAAAAAGAAUAUGUGUUGAGAAAAACCAAGCAACCUCUGAUGAAAGUGACAAGGAUCAAAAAGUCGUUAUCACCUCACUGGACUACGACGUGUUAGCAAAAAUCAUCAUGUUGCUGCCAAUACCAGAAAGGAUAGACAUGGAAAAAGUUUGUGCCGAAUGGAAAGAGGCAUGUCAACUAGCUUGGUAUGACAUUAAAAAAUACAAAUGUGAAUCAUCAAUUGGACGUUGUUAUGAUAACCGUUUAAUGACACAAUCUUACCUCGAAAAAAUAUUAUUAAGAUGUGGUAAUUAUCUAAAAGAAUUGUCUCUCUCAAAUGUUUGUAAUUCAAGUAUCAUGCCAUUUGUUGGUGAUCACUGUAAAAAUUUAACAAUCUUGGAAUGUAAAUUUGAUGAUAAUUCCUUAAUUAAUAAUGCUGAUCACUUUGUUCAAGCAUUUACACAGUUAGAUAAAUUAAAAUCUAUCAAAAUAACAGUGAUUCACAACUACACGAAUAAGACAAUUAAUCUCUCUGCAAUAAUUGAUAGCCUUCCAGAAGACAUUAAUGAAAUUCAUUUAUUUGCUGAACCUCUGUCUGAUCGAAAACAAAAUAUUUCCAUGACUCUACAAAGAUUCAAGAAUCUUCGAAAAUUAACAUCAGUUGGCCUCUGUUUAGACCAAAUGAACUUUCAAGAAAUAGAAGACAUGACAACACUUGUUCAUCUAGACAUUGGACUAUAUGAUAUAUAUGAAAGGUUUUUUCUAUUUAAUAAACUCUUUAAUUUGGAGUAUAUCGACUUAACGAUGGGUAUUGACUAUGAUGCGAAUAACCUCUCUACAGAAGUACUUGAGACAAUUUUUCAUACAUGCGAUAAUCUAAAACAUCUUGAUCUGCCACGGGGGCUUUAUGAUCUAGAUGAAAUUUCUCAUGACAAUUGGAUAAAUUUUCAAAACUUGGAAUAUCUUGGUAUUUAUUGUGACAUAAUGCCUGACUUAGCAAAUACAAUUGUUGAAAAUUGCAGGAAUUUAAAACAUUUAAAAAUAAAAAGUCAGAAUACAAUAAAUACUGCUUUAGAAAAUUUCACAGAGUUGGAAAAUCUUGAAAGUAUAAUAUUGGAUGGUGUGACUGAGCUUUAUGAAGAAUCAAUAAUUGCAAUUUCUAACGAUUGUAAGAAACUUAAGCGUUUAGAAAUACCUUAUUGUUACAUAUUACCAUCUAUUGAUGGUGACUCAUUUUCUUCUCAAAGUGUUCUUGAUGAAUUAUCAAAAUUACGAUAUCUUGAACAUCUUUCUUUCCAUACGGCAUUAGAGCUUGAAGAUAGUACAAUCAUUGCUAUUGCUAAUAAUUGUAAGAACCUGAAAAGUUUAAAUAUCAAAGGUUGCAGAGGUCUUACUAAAACAGCUCUCGAUGCUUUAACAAACUUAAAAAAUUUACAAAUACUUGAUGUAGGCAUUCUUCAUACAGUUACAGACAGCUUCCUUAUCAAAUUGAAAGGAUUUAAAAGAAUUUAUUGUGAUGAAUGCGAUAACCUUACUGAUGCUGGUAUUAUUCAAUUUAUAAAAAAUAAUCCAGAUCUUGAAAUGAUUAGUAUCUUUUAUAUAGGUAGAAUUACAGAUCAUCUGAUUAUUGGUGCUGAUCAGGCAACUAAAAAUCGUACAAAUGGUAUCAUUUUACACAUAACAGAAUGUAGUGAGUCAUUAAUAGAAGCUUCUAAGUCAAUAAUUACAUCUCAAUGGUUGGUUGUUGAAUAGAUUUAAUUACAGUUAUCAUAUACUUUUCUUUCUAAUUUACGCGUAAUAUUUUUUCAUAAUUUAUUUUUAAAAAUUCAUACAAAAAUAUGUUACCAAGUCAAUGACAUUGCAAAGACAUAUUGUAAAAGAAUAUUUUCAUUUUAACUUGCUAAUACUUACAGUUAUUUUAGAUACUUACUAAAUUAUAAGUAAGGUAAAUUCUUGAACAUGACAAUCGUAUCUUAUUGACAAUAUAUUCAUUUUAUAAAUUCACCAAAAUGAUUUGAUUAAUUAUUCACCUCAACAAAUAAAACUAUUCUUAAGGACUUGUUAAAAAUGAAAAAGAAAUAUUGUAUUCUAAAAAUAAUGAAUAUUUUUAUUUAUUUAAUUAACCAUUGUGUAUCUUAAUUUAAAAUAAAAAAAUUAAUACAAGAA